AUGACCGAAUACAAAUUGGUCGUGGUGGGCGACGGUGGCGUGGGCAAGUCCGCUCUCACGAUACAGCUGAUACAGAAUCAGUUCGUCGUCGAAUACGAUCCAACAGUAAGUCUUUCCCCAUUUUUUUGUUGAUUUUUAGGUAGAACAAGGAGAAUGCGGAGGAAAAUUGGGAGUAAAGAGAAGGUUGAAACAUGUAGCAGAUUUUGAAUGAAGUUUAGGGAUCAUUUUCGACAAAAAAUGCAGAAUUUUUGCCAAAAUCUUUCAUACAUGGUGUCAUGAAUAAAGUCAAUUUUAUUUUGAAUACAAGCUGUAACUGGAGCAAUUUACAGUUACCAAAAUUUCUCUAUAGGUGUAAGAUUGUUUGUAUUGAAGCCGUUGAAAACACAUCGUCCUUUUUCUAUAGUUUUAUCUGCAAGACCAAAAGUUGAUAUCUAAAAUAAGGUCAAAAAUUUGCGGAAAAGGUUAGAACACCCUGAAAUGGCUUUUAGGAUGAACUAAUAAGAAAUUAAUGAAUCAAAUUGACGUAUUUUACCCUUUUUAAGAUUGAAGACAGCUACCGAAAGCAAGUUUUAAUUGAUGGAGAGACCUGCCUUCUGGAUAUCCUCGACACCGCCGGCCAGGAAGAGUACUCAGCCAUGAGGGAUCAGUACAUGCGGACGGGAGAAGGGUUCCUCCUCGUUUUUGCCCUCAAUGAACUCAAGUCAUUCGAAAAUAUCAUCCACUACAGGGAACAGAUCAGACGUGUCAAGGACUCGGAAGAAGUAGGUGUUUUCUCUUUGUUGUUCUGGUUUUAGGUAGCUUGAAAGCUGAAUUACGAUAUGACAGGCCUUGUGAAGGCGAUUUGGGGUCGACACUUUGGAUUGAUGUUGAAUUUGACGACCUUAUUUUAGGUGCCAAUGGUCCUAGUCGGCAACAAGUGCGACCUGCCUCAGCGCGCCAUGGACCAACGACAAAUCGAUGAGCUGGCGCGCACCUUCGGCGUACCCUACGAGCAGACGUCGGCCAAAACGCGAGUGGGCGUGGACGACGCCUUCCACGCCCUGGUGCGCGAGAUCCGCAAGCACAAGGAAAAACAACGGGAAAAGCCGAAAAAGAAGAGAAAAUGUACCAUAUUAUGA